ACUUUCUAUUUACUUUUUUUUACAUCUUCCUAUCAAUGAAUAACGUGGGAAUUGAGUGUCGAUGAAAUAUUUAUUGUUUAUAUCAGUUUGUUGUUAAAAUUUCACCAAAUAUGAGUACCAUAUUUUAUACUGACCCAGAAUUAGUCAUUGCUCUAAGUAAACGUAUAAUAUUUGUUAAUCCAAAUGAUUUACAAAUAUUUAAGGAGAUCGUUUUGCCGGAAGAUUUAACUAAAUGUGGACUAAAAAUAGUGACCAAUACUGGGAAUGAAGGUGAACAGCAAGAAGAGGAAACGAAACAGCAGCAGAAUUUAUCAAAAGAGCAGCCCACACUUCAACAUGUGAAAAUGUCACCCAAUCAUCAAUUGCUGGCAGUAACAACGGCCGGACAGAAGGCCUUGCUUUUGUAUCAUCUAAGACCAGAACAUGCCAAACUUGUUUCGAUUAGAUCAUUGGCUAGGGCUUCUUCAGCUUUAGCUUUUAGUAGCGAUUCGAAACGAUUACUUGUUACUGACAAAACAGGUGACUGCUAUGAAUACGAUUGUGAGAAUUAUGAAGCAGUUCCCAAGUUAUUAUUGGGUCACUUAAGUAUUGUCUAUGAUAUUUUGUGGUCCACUGAUGAAAAAUUUAUUAUAACCUGUGAUAGAGAUGAUAAAAUAAGAGUUACAAACUAUCCAGCCACAUAUGAUGUACACAGUUAUUGUUUGGGCCACAAAGAGUUUGUAGCCGGCUUAGAACUUUUAAACGAUGAUGUCCUCGUUACGAUUUCCGGCGAUAAAACAUUAAGGCUGUGGGAUUUUAAAGAUGGUAAAGAACUUAAGAGUAUUGAAUUACCGGCUCCGGGUAUUAAAUUCGCUUCCAAGUGUCUAGAAAGCGGUAAAUAUGAAAUUUCUGUUUUGCUACAUCAACCCAAUGAAUGUGUGGCUACAUUUAAUUUGUCACAAAAGGAAGAUAAAGAAUGGGAAUUUUCUACACCACAAUUGCUUAGUUUCAGCGAUAUGAUUUGCUGCAAUUUGUGUUACGCCCAGGACAGAUUAUAUGUUACUGGAGUGGUAAAUGAUCAUUUGGUCGUAAAACUAAGUGCUAAUAGCCCAGAAGCGCCUUUGAAUUGGUUAAAAAUGGUUGAAGAACAAUUCAAAGAAUAUACAUGGACACCAGAGGAUAUAUCGGCGUGGUUUAAAAAGAAGUACGAUAAUGUUACCGAGUAUUUGGAACGUAAAAAACGACGCAUUGAGGAGAAACAAAAAUAAAAGAUGAACAACAGUUAAAGGAGUGGAAAGAAUAAAAUAUAUAGAACAUUUGUUUUAUUUUAAUAGUUUUUUAUAUUGAUUUGUAAAUGUUUUUAUGUGUAUUAAAUAAAAAGUUAUCAAUAUUAAACGGGUUUGUAAUCCAA